CAACAAAUUGCUCGUCCUUCUCAAGAAGAAAAGGUAGAAGAAAAGGUAGAAGAGGAAAAAGCAGAAAAAGCAGAGAAAAAAGAGGAGGAAAAGAAAGAUGAGGAGGAAAAGGAUGAGAAGGAGGAAUCUAAAGAGAAUACCAAAGAAAAGGACAAAACUGAAGUUGCACCGGAGGAAACGGAGGAAAGGGAGCAGGCUGCUCCAAGGGGCCGCAAAACUGCCAAUAGUCAAGGUCGUCGUAAGGGCAGAAUCACCAGAUCGAUGACAAAUGAAGCUGCACAGGCCAGUGCUGCUGCAGCUGCAGCCACUGAAGAACCACCACCGCCUCUUCCACCCCCUCCAGAACCUUCUUCUGCAGAGCCUGUGGAGACAUCCCGCUGGACAGAAGAAGAAAUGGAGGUUGCUAAGAAAGGCCUAGUGGAACAUGGACGAAACUGGGCAGCAAUUGCCAAAAUGGUUGGGACGAAAAGUGAAGCUCAGUGUAAGAACUUCUACUUCAACUAUAAAAGGAGACACAAUCUGGACAGCCUCCUCCAACAGCACAAACAGAAGUCUUCACGAAGGCCCCGUGAGGAGCGAGAUGUGUCACAGUGUGAGAGUGUAGCUUCGACUGUGUCAGCUCAGGAGGAUGAAGAUAUUGAAGCAUCUAAUGAAGAAGAGAAUCCAGAAGACAGUGAAGGUGCUGAAAAUAGUUCUGAUACAGAAAGUGCUCCAUCUCCAACUCCAGCAGAACCUGCGAAACCAAGUGAAGAAACUCCAUCUGAGAGUGCUGCUUCGAAAGUAACCACUGAGGCAGCAGCAGAACAAGAACCUACCAUUAAACCUGCAACCAGCACAUCUCCCACAUUAACAGCCCCAAGUGUAUCAACAGCUGAAAGUCAGAACCCUGAGCCACAGGUUAAAGAAGAAAUAAAUAAUGAGGCAGAAGAGCCUAUGGAGGUUGACAGUAGAAGCCACACAGUUGAAGCUAAGCCUGUGAUUACUCUUCCAGUGCAUACCAAAGUAGAACCUGUAGAGACCGAAAUGAGGCUACCAGAGAAUAUUCAAGUGAAAAUAGAGAGUGAUACCAAAGAGAGAGAGAUGGAGAAACCCAAGGAAAAGUCAGAACCAGAGGAAAUGGACUAUAGUCUGCCACAACAAGUUAAUACAGCAAGACAAGAGUCCCAUUCAGAUAAUGAUUCGAGUGCCACCUGUAGUGCUGAUGAGGAAGUUGAUGGAGAACCUGACAGACAAGGUAUCUUCAGCAGAGAGUCAAAGCCGUCGCUGUUAAAUCCCACUGGGUCAAUACUGGUAUCAUCCACAAUAAAGCAAGGGCAGAUGGACCUGCAACAACUUCACCACCGAGCUGCUGUCAUACCACCUAUGGUUUCUUGCAGUCCCUGUACUGUUCCUGUUGGAACACCAGUGAGCGGUUAUGCGCUGUAUCAACGGCACAUUAAAGCCAUGCAUGAGUCGGCGCUGCUGGAGGAGCAACGCCAGAGGCAGGAGCAGCUGGAUAUGGAGUAUCGGAGUGCUGUAAGCCCUUGUGGCACUUCCAAGAGCCCUAAUGUCGAGUGGGAAGGAAAACCGGUGGCCUAUAUGCCUUACGCUGAGGUCAAGCGAGCAAUAGAACAGGAGGCUCAAGUGCAAAACACAGCAGCAAGGUCAGCAUCACCGUACAGGCUGUCUCCAAGGGAAGUCAACAAAGCCUCUCCCCAGCCUGACAUGAAUGCAGCUCGCUACAGUGUCCCACCAGUUCUCCAGCCAGCACCUCACCAAGUAAUAACCAAUAUACCUGAAGGAGUCCGCCUUCCAACAACCAGACCCACUAGACCCCCACCACCGCUCAUUCCAUCUUCCAAAACCAGUGUGCCAUCAGAAAAACCUUCCUUCAUCAUGGGAGGCUCAAUCUCACAAGGAACACCUGGCACUUACUUAACAUCCCAUAGUCAAGCUUCCUACACCCAAGAAACCGCAAAGCCAUCAGUGGGUUCUAUAUCUCUUGGGCUGCCAAGGCAGCAGGAGUCAGCCAAAUCUGCCUCCCUGCCCUAUAUCAAACAAGAAGAAUUCUCUCCCAGAAGUCAGAAUUCCCAGCCUGAGGGACUCCUGGUCAGGGCACAACAUGAAAGUGUGGUUCGAGGUACCGCAACGAUACAGGAGGGAAGUAUAACACGAGGAACUCCAACCAAUAAAGUUUCUGUUGAGACCAUUCCUUCUUUGAGAGGCUCCAUAACUCAGGGUACACCAGCUUUGUCCCAGUCUGGCAUAGCAGCUGAUGCGUUACUGAAGGGAACUAUCACCCGGCUAGCUACAGAAGACAGCAGCCCAGAAAAGUGCCGAGAGGAAGCUUCAGCCAAAGGCCAUGUUAUUUAUGAAGGCAAAAGUGGGCAUAUUUUAUCUUAUGAUACUAUUAAAAACGUUCAUGAAGGAACAAGGAGUCCGAGAACUGCUCAUGAAAUUGGUUUAAAGAGAAGCUAUGAUACAAUGGAAGGAAAUAUAAAGCAAGGAAUGUCAAUGCGGGAGUCUCCAGUGUCUGCACCGCUGGAAGGUUUAAUAUGCCGUGCACUGCCUAGGGGUAGCCCACAUGCUGAACUAAAAGAGAGAACAGUGUUGUCUGGCUCUAUAAUGCAAGGCACACCGAGAGCAACAGCUGAAAGUUUUGAAGAAGGCUUGAAAUACCCUAAACAGAUUAAGAGAGAGUCACCUCCCAUAAGGACAUUCGAAGGAGCCAUUACUAAGGGGAAACCAUAUGAUGGAGUCACUACUAUAAAAGAAAUGGGUCGUUCCAUCCAUGAAAUCCCAAGACAGGACCUGUUAAGCCAGGAGAGUCGCAAGACUCCUGAAAUGGUGCAGACGACCAGGCCGAUCAUAGAAGGUUCCAUAUCUCAGGGCACACCCAUAAAAUAUGAAAGCAACUCUGGCCAGUCUGCCAUCAAACACAAUGUAAAAUCUUUAAUCACUGGACCAAGCAAGCUACCCCGUGGAAUGCCUCAGCUGGAAAUGGUGCCAGAAAACGUGAAGGUGGUGGAGCGAGGAAAAUAUGAAGAUGUGAAGACCGGGGAUGCAGUACGUUCCCGUCACACGUCAGUAGUCAGCUCUGGUCCCUCUGUUCUCAGGUCAACUCUUCAUGAAACUCCCAAAUCACAGCUGAGCCCUGGAAUUUAUGAUGAUACCAAUGCUCGGAGGACACCUGUGAACUAUCAGAGUCCAAUGUCCAGGAGUUCACCUAUGAUGAAUAGAGUUAGUGAGGCUGGAAUAUCUUCUGGGAAGCCAGCAAAUCAUGAAAGGAAAAACACACUUACUCCAACACAAAGGGAGAGUGUGCCAGCAAAAUCCCCAGUCCCAGGGGUUGAUCCUGUAGUGACUCACAGUCCUUUUGACCCUCAUCACAGAGGAGCAACUCCUGAAGUCUAUAGGAGUCACCUCCCUCCUCAUUUAGAUCCUGCUAUGCCAUUUCACAGGGCUCUGGAUCCUGCUGCUGCUGCUUACCUGUUCCAAAGGCAGCUCUCACCCACCCCAGGCUACCCAAGUCAGUAUCAGCUUUACGCGAUGGAGAAUACACGGCAGACAAUCCUAAAUGACUACAUUACCUCACAGCAGAUGCAAGUCAAUUUACGUCCCGAUGUAACACGAGGAUUAUCUCCUAGGGAGCAAACUUUAGCUCUCCCGUAUGCAGGAGCAAGAGGAAUUAUUGACCUGAACAAUAUGGCUCCCACUAUCUUAGUGCCUCAUCCUGGAGGAACAAGCACACCACCCAUGGAGAGAAUCACAUAUAUCCCUGGUACCCAGCUUACGUUCCCUCCCAGGCCUUACAAUCCUGCUUCUCUGUCACCAGGGCACCCCACACACCUGGCAGCUUCUGCAGCUGCAAAUGCUGAAAGGGAACGGGAAAGGGAGAGGGAGAAAGAACGGGAAAGGGAGAGGGAACGUGAGCGAGAGCGGGAGAGAGAACGGGAACGAGAGAGGGAGAGAAUCGCUUCAGUCCCUGCUGAGCUUUAUCUUCGACCAGGUACAGAGCAGCCUGGCAGGCCUGGCAGUCAUGGAUAUGUUCGGUCCCCGUCCCCUUCAGUUAGAAGCCAGGAAAACAUCCUGCAGCAAAGGCCUAGUAUUUUUCAAGGAACCAAUGGGACAAGUGUGAUCACACCUUUGGAUCCUGCUGCUCAGCUACGUAUCAUGCAGCUCACCCCCGGAGCUCCCUCUAUUACUCAAGGGUUGCCAGCUUCCCGUUACAAUACUGCUGCUGAUGCCCUUGCAGCACUAGUAGAUGCUGCCGCCUCUGCUCCUCAGAUGGAAGUUGCCAAAGCAAAAGAGAACAAGCACGAAGGAACCAGAAUAGAAGAGAAUAUGGGACGCCGGUCAGCUGUGGUUACUGAACAGCAGCAGAUGGAACAGAAGACACUGGAGGUAGAAAAGAGGCCUGUCCAGUGCCCCUAUACGUCUGCAAAUUUCUCUGGUGGCAAGUCCCAGGGACAGUCUUCAUCAGUAGUCUAUUCAGAGGCUGGUAAAGAGAAAGGACCUCCUCCUAAAUCCAGGUACGAGGAAGAGCUGAGAACUCGAGGAAAGACCACAAUUACUGCUGCUAACUUCAUAGAUGUGAUCAUCACUCGGCAGAUUGCUUCAGACAAGGAUGCACGAGAUAGGGGCUCUCAAAGUUCAGAUUCUUCCAGUAGUUUAUCGUCCCACCGGUAUGAAGCUUCUGGAGAUGCCAUUGAGGUGAUCAGCCCUGCAAAUUCACCUGUACCUACUCAAGAAAAGCUACAGCCCUAUCAACAAGAGACACCCAAACCAAGCCAGGCAGAGAAUGACCCAAACAGGCAAUAUGAGGGGUCGAUUCACCGCUACAGGACACAACAGGAACCCCCUUCACCCCAACAACCUCCACCUCCCGCUUCCCAAGCAGAAGGGAUGGCACAUGUGCCCAGGACCCAUCGACUUAUUACCCUUGCUGAUCACAUCUGUCAAAUUAUUACACAGGACUUUGCUAGAAACCAAGCAGCUUCUCAGGCUUCUUUGCAGCCUCCCACCACUACAUUCCAGAAUUCCACCCCUGCUCCAACACCUGUUUCUACCCGGGCAAAGACAUCAAAUCGCUACAGCCCUGAGUCGCAGUCGCAGUCUGUCCACCAUCAGCGGCCAGGUGCUAGAGUGUCACCUGAAAAUCUGUCUGACAAGUCCAGGGGAAGACCUGGAAAAUCUCCAGAGAGGAGUCAUGUCUCUUCAGAGCCCUAUGAGCCAAUCUCGCCACCUCAGAUCCCGGUUGUACAUGAGAAACAGGAAAAUGUUCUUUUGCUUUCCCAAAGAGCUGAGCCUACUGAACAGAGGACUGACUCUCGUUCUCCAGGUAGUAUAAGCUACCUGCCUUCGUUUUUCACCAAACUCGAGAACACUUCACCAAUGGUAAAAUCUAAGAAACAGGAGAUAUUUCGAAAGCUGAACUCAUCUGGUGGAGGUGACUCUGACAUGGCAACUGCUCAGCCAGGGACUGAAAUAUUCAAUUUGCCAGCAGUCACUACCUCAGGUGCAGUCAGUUCUAGGGGUCAUUCCUUUGCAGAUCCUGCCAGUAACCUGGGUCUGGAAGACAUUAUUAGGAAAGCAUUGAUGGGAAACUUUGACGACAAGAGUGAAGAGCAUGGAGUUGUAAUGGCACAAUCCAUUGCGGUAGCAGCUGGCAGUUCCGCUGCUGCAGUAGCAGCAAGUAAUGAGACACGUAGGGAAGAAGCUAAUCCAUCACCAAAUUCAGGAGGGGGAGUCAACAAGCAGAAACUAAUUGGCAAGUCAAACAGUAGGAAGUCCAAGUCGCCUAUUCCUGGACAAGGAUACUUGGGAACCGAAAGACCUUCUUCGGUCUCAUCUGUACAUUCAGAAGGGGACUACCACAGACAGACUCCAGUGUGGGCCUGGGAAGACAGGCCUUCAUCAACAGGUUCGACACAGUUUCCUUACAACCCGUUGACGAUGAGGAUGCUCAGCAGUACACCGCCAACAUCGAUCGCGUGUGCCCCGCCGUCCAUGAGCCAAGCAACCACUCACCAACAGAACAGGAUAUGGGAGCGAGAGCCUGCACCACUGCUUUCAGCACAAUAUGAGACUCUGUCUGACAGUGAUGACUGAACUAUGCAGAUUUAUUUUUUUUUUUUUAAUUUGCGGGUCAAAAAAAGAAAUCUAUUUUUGACUUGUGCCCAUAGAGACUUUCCAAGAGAGCAAGGGCCACACAAUGAAGAAUUGGUGGAGAGUCCGUUAAAUGCCUUCUGCACAAGCCAUGUGUUGGAGGAUCGUUAUCGAGAAGGUUGACUUACUAAAGAUAAAUAUGUAAAGAGUUUUUAAAAAUGUGGACUAUUCCUGUUCUACAUCUAUUUGUAAAGAAAACCAUAAUGUCUUUAAAUCAUUCUUCUGUAAAUAGAGAGUACUUUUUGCAGUGUUUUUUCCCUUGCUAUAGUAUCUGGUGUACUUAUGUUCAAAUCAUUGCCUAAACUUUGGGGGUCAUUUUGUAAUUUUUUUUAAGCAUUUCUCCAGUGUAGAGUACUCUUCAUAACCCUAGCCUCCCUACCACCCUAGCCUAACCAUAACCCUAGCCUCCCAACCAGCCUAGCAUCAUUGCCCGUUUCAUGCCGUGCCACUUCUUGCAGGCAUUGUGCUUUUAUAUAAUUUUUUUUCCCUAGACACACUUUCUCAGUGGUGUUCAAGCUCUUGUGAAAAUGUUGAUUUUUAAGACUGACCCCUUAAUGAAUUCUGUACAUUAACAUAGUCCGGUUCGCUGGAAUAAGAUGAUAUAUUUCUUUGAAUUUUAAAUUCUGCCACAUUGUAAAU